AUCCAGAGCACCGCGGUAGCGGCACUCUCCUUCGUGUUCCUACCGCGUCGAGCCCAAGUGGCUCGAGCCGCGGUCGUACGCAGCGCCACGCGUCCACAGCGAAGGACCCGAGGACCCACGGAAGUGACAGAAUGAAUCGCACCGCAUACACUGUGGGAGCUUUGCUUCUCCUCCUGGGGACCCUACUGCCAGCAGCUGAAGGGAAAAAGAAGGGGUCCCAGGGAGCCAUCCCGCCUCCUGACAAGGCUCAGCACAAUGACUCUGAGCAGACCCAGUCCCCACCCCAACCGGGCUCCAGGACCCGGGGGCGGGGCCAGGGGCGGGGCACUGCCAUGCCUGGAGAGGAGGUACUUGAGUCCAGCCAAGAGGCCCUGCAUGUAACAGAGCGCAAGUACCUGAAGCGAGAUUGGUGCAAAACUCAACCCCUGAAGCAGACCAUCCACGAGGAGGGCUGCAACAGCCGCACUAUCAUCAACCGCUUCUGCUAUGGUCAGUGCAACUCCUUCUACAUCCCCAGGCACAUCCGAAAGGAGGAAGGCUCCUUUCAGUCUUGCUCCUUCUGCAAGCCCAAGAAGUUCACUACCAUGAUGGUCACACUCAACUGUCCUGAGCUACAGCCACCCACCAAAAAGAAAAGGGUCACGCGUGUGAAGCAGUGUCGUUGCAUAUCCAUCGACUUGGAUUAAGUCAAAGGGGGCACAUUCAGCCUGUCAUAGCCAUGCCGAGAGCCACACCCAAACCACCCGAUUCCUACUUGGCUUAAAGAUAGAGGCCAGAAGAACCAGCAGUUGCUUCCUGGCUGGAGGCUGCUUAUGCAUAGUGUACGCGCAUGAGUGUGCAUGGGUACCUGUGAGUGUUUCAAAAACACCAGCGGAAACAACCUCCGCUUCAGAUGGUCAGAAAUGCCCACACCACUGGACCCAAACACCCACAGGGGCAGGGCUGUCGUUGGCUUUGUCAUUGUGUUUCAUGUGCCUCCUGGGCACCAGGAUUUCACUUGAGAAUGAAUACUAACGGAGGAGGUAACUCUGAGGGCUGCAUUAGACUCGGAACUGUUCAGUGCUCGCCCACAACCCAUUCCUUUCUUUGCUCUCCCUGACAUCUCAGUCUUAGCCCAUGUUCCUAAAUUAAUUAACUUGACCUUGGGUGUAAAUGUCGUUCGUCUUCUGAAGAACCUUCAGAAUGUGGGGAGACAUGUGAUGAAGGCACACAGGACAGAGGAUUGACACAGGAGCACUGAGGCUGAGGACCAGUCUGGGACAGUGAAAUUCAGUAGCAAGAUGUCCAGAGUCUAAAAGUUGUUUCUGCAAACAAUAUGAGCCUUGUUUUAGUAAAGGGGCUUUCUUGGUAUUUAAAAGAACCUAGAUGCACAGAGGAGAAAUAUAGUCAGCAAAAAAUCCAAUUCUCUGUGCCAGCUUCUGUGACCUACUGAUGCUAGCUGUAACCCAAAGUUAAGGGUGAAAUAUUGACCACUCCUGUUUUAAAACCCAAAUGAAAGAAAAAAGAUGUGUCCUCCUGCUUUACUUUGCCUCUUAGGAGGACAACCGAGAGCCUUGUUCACUGGGGUAAGAAAAGACAAAAUCCCCUAAGCUUAGUUUUGCUGGAUUAACAUUGCUUUUCUGUCAUUCCUGAAAAACGCUUCAAAGAUGCAGAACUUUUCAACAAAAUCCUGCUUUUGUUCUUUUGUUGAGGCCACCUGCCAAUAAGGAACAGUGUAAGAUGAGAGAGCUAUCUGCUGUGUUUGAGUUAGACGUGUCUAGGGCCCUUUCUGUUUGGUGUUUGUUAUAGGAGAGAAUCAUAGAUGAGAGAGAGAGAGAGAGAGAGAGAGAGAGAGAGAGAGAGAGAGAGAGAGAGGAGAUUGGCUGAUUGCACCUGGCUAGGUAGUGUAUAGAGAAGUAAGGGCUUUAUUUGCCUCUACUUCAUUUGCUCUCAGAGGGUCAAUAGGAAACUCAGUUAGGAAACCAGAGCACUAGGGUAUAUUAACAGGCUACCUACCCCAGUGGCUCUAUGUGGCACUGUAAUCAUUAUGCCUACUAUGGAUAUUGUCCUCUGAAUACACGUGGCUCCCCAAAUGUCUACUUAGCAUUCAUGUAAGGGCCAGAGUGAAAGGUGGAUGGGCCUUGGUAGGUUUUGGUUUGUUUGGCUAAACAAUACUCCUUAAGACUGAGAUUCUAGCUAUAAAUACCCCAAAUCCUUUUUUAUCUUUUCCUCUCAGAGUGACUAGGCAAGUGAUAUGUCAUUUGGAAGGCAGACAUUCACUGCCCAUCGAAGAUACCACAGUCAAAGAACCAUCAGAAGUAAAGAAACGUUUUAUUUUGGUCUAGUCCACUUCUAUGUGACAUCUAACCAGGAAAUUUAUUGUAAUGCAGAAGCUAUCUUGAAUUCCCAAAACGGUGGGUCUAAUUUUGAAAGUUUAAAAGUCACUACUGAUGAUCCCACACAAACUGAAUUUGCACCAGCAUGGCAAAUUCUGUGAGUUUCAUUUGUACCGUGUGCUCCUUCCCUGAAUCUUUGCAUCUUCCAUAUUCAUAGCCAAUAACUCACAGGAUGGAUUUGAUUAGGCCCACAAAUGCAAAGGCAGAGUUUGGGGGGUAGUAAGUACAUUGGAUUUACAUUUGGUUCAUGUCAAUAGGAUUGCCUCAAAAUUAACUUCUUUGAAACAAUCAGCAGCAUAAGUAUCCUAAAAGCAUAUCGCUGGCCAAAGAUGGGGAUAUCUGCCUUCCUUGCUGUGCCUAGACCGAGAUCAUCAAAAAUAUGUGUCCCUUAUCGUUUAUUGAAGAUGCCCUGUCUGUCGCUUAUUUUGGAUGCGCCAGUGAUAUAAUGGUGCACAUUUUCUCCAACAUUGUAGUAGAACUAUUCUUUGGCAAGAUUAGUUGCGAUCUCCAUCUUACCUAUUAAAAUAAUGCCAGAAACCAAACAUGAAUCUUACGGCAUUCAAUUUGUACUUGGCACAGAAAGAGGAAAACAACACACCAUGUCAGUCUGAGUGCUUAUUUGCAACUGUACUCUUCAAAGUGAAAAACCUGGAGGAAAGGCUAGUUUCCACCGUGUGGAAUGUGAAUAAGCAAAAAGUUAUAGUUAUUUAAUGUAAUUAGGAAUUCAAAGUCCUUUGGUUGCUGUGAUUUCAAACAUGUUUUCUUUCUCUAUUUUAUAUGAUAGCCUCUGAGUCAGGCAAAGAAGAAACGGGCCAUCAUAUGUUGCUAGAGACUUUUGUCAGGUCAGAGUGAAACACAGUCUUAUCACACGUGGACAGAUGUUACCAAGUCAAGGACAAGCUUUUAUUUUUUUAAAAUUGAAUGUUCCUUAAAGGUCAACACUUCUGAAGCAAUAUUAAGAAAGAUUUCAAAUGUUAUUUUGAGAGACUUAUGAUGUGCGUAUACAAGCAAAUGGCAGAUAAGGGUGGCUAGUUCAGACAUAUCCAAACAGACAUUUCCAAACAGGAAGUCCGAGCUGAAGGACUGAAAGAGAUUCUAUUGGUUUCUCAUUCCUCAAGAUAUCUAAUAUCAUCUACAUUGUGUAUUUUGUAUGCUUUAAUCAUUUUAAAACAACAAAAGAUUAUAUAGGCUAUGAUGGAACUACUACCUUGCUAUGGAUGAGGGUGAGGCAGGAUUUAAUGGUCUCAUAAAAGCUAAUUUGGCUUAAAGUUUUAUGAAUCUGUAACUAGAAUUUUAUUUUCAUCCUAAUAACAUUCUAUAUAACCUUUGCCAAAAAAGCAAUCAAUAAAUUAAACCUCUUCUUUUUUGUGUAUGUA